CGAUAACGUUUAGACGCGCGCUCCCGUCACCGGAGGAAGCUAGCCGAGGACACAAGGCGGCAGGAAGACAAAAUAAAAUACAAACACGCAGUCAACCGGCUUUUAUAGAAAUCAUCUUUCUUCCUCUGCAUUUUGAAAUCCGGCAGCCAUGUCAGAGGAAAAGCCAAAGGAGGGCGUCAAGACCGAGAAUGACCACAUCAACCUCAAGGUCGCGGGGCAGGAUGGCUCGGUGGUCCAGUUCAAAAUCAAAAGGCACACGGCCCUCAGUAAACUCAUGAAGGCGUACUGCGAACGACAGGGACUCUCACUUAGGCAGAUCAGGUUCAGGUUUGAUGGGCAGCCCAUCAACGAGAACGAUACGCCUUCGCAGCUUGAGAUGGAAGACGAAGACACCAUAGACGUUUUCCAGCAGCAGACGGGCGGCCGCUGCUAAGCAUCCUUCUACCCUGUUGACAGACCCAACUUGCUCAAGCCCACAUUCAUCACCCUUUUCCAUCGCUUCUCUCAGCUAUUUAUAUUGUUAUUAUUAUUCCCUUAAGCUACAGUACAUCCGUUGUGAUUUAUUUUUUUGUGUCCGUACAUGGGUGGGGGUACUUAGGGGUUCUCUAACACUGGCGUCGGUUCGGACCAACGAUACAACAGCUUUGUCGCCAGUGAGCGUUUUCGGAAUCGUCUAGUUUUAAAGUGGGCACAUGUUAGCCUGCCGCCGUCAACAUGUUAUGAUUUCUCGCCGCUUUCGCUAAAUGACUGUUUAUGUUUUUAAGCUCUGACUCUGUGCACACAGUUCAGAAUGGGAUGUAAGUAUCAUAACUUUAACAUGACCAAACAAGGAACUCAAAGGAAGUCUGUAUUUUUGCUUAGUUGCUGCUUUUCUGGUUUCUGCAUGUCCAAGAGAGAGAGAGAGACUACUUCCGUACCACCAAGUAUUUAUUCACACAGCAAGAGGAGGACAUGGAUUUAUGACAGUAUAUUAUUAACACCGCCACCUCACUUGUGUCUGUGUGUGAGUGACUGUUUGUUUGUUUGUUUGUGUGCGUGUGUGGCCUACGAUGAAGAACAUUUAGCGCAAACGCAACAAUAGUUGACAUGGGAAGGCAUGGGGACAUCUCAUUAGAUCUUCAGAUCUAAAGCUUCAGGUUAAGUUAGACAUGCUGUAAAAUAGUUAACCCUUUAUUAUUAGAAAUAGAUGACAUUGCCCCUACAGUGUUUUUUGUGUGGUCAGUACAUCAGCUGUUUGUUCAAAUGAGAGCACACUUACCUAGCCAUGGUGGAGUAGCUCAAAAAGUUACAAUGGUUGCCCAGGUCUUCUGACGUUUUGUUUCUCUACUGAUUUGUAUAUGAUUUGUGGUCUUUUACUACUGUAUACAAUAAAUAUAGUUUGGUACUCUGA